AGGGGGGAGCAGGGCUGCAGGCAGAGCCGGAGACGCCCGCGUUAGCACGCGCUCACGCUUUGCUCGGAGCCGGAGGAACCGCAGCGCGCCAAGAUGUGCAAAGGAUUAGCCGCGCUGCCCCACACGUGCCUGGAGAGAGCCAAGGAGAUCAAGACCAAGUUGGGCACGCUCCUCCAGAAGCCUGACUCGGCCAUUGACCUCAUCAUCCCCUAUCCGGAGAAGCCGGAGAAGCCUGCCAAAGCCCAGAAGCCAUCGCCAGAGGAGGCUUUGCAGUGGCGCGAUUCCCUGGAGAAGCUCCUGCAAAACACCUACGGGCUGGCCAGCUUCAGCAGCUUCCUGCGCUCCGAGUUCAGCGAGGAGAACAUCGAGUUCUGGGUCGCCUGCGAGGACUACAAGAAAACCAAGUCUCCUGAGAAGAUGGCAGAGAAGGCCAAGAAGAUCUACGAGGAGUUCAUCCAGACAGAGGCACCUAAGGAGGUGAAUAUUGACCACUUCACCAAAGCCAUGACCAUGAAGAACCUGGUGGAGCCAUCAGUAAGCAGCUUUGACAUAGCCCAGAAGAGGAUCUUUGCCCUGAUGGAGAAGGACUCCCUGCCCAGAUUUGUGCGGUCGGAGUUUUAUCAGGAGUUGAUCAAGUAGCAACGUGGCCAGGCUGUGCGAGGCACUCCCCGAGUGAUUCCACCGCUUCUGUCUGAUUGCCUUCCCCUUCUCCUCUCGCUGCUUUGCUUUCUCAAUAGCAUGCAGGAGCGUUGCUAAACAUCCCUCCCAGUGCUUUGGACUCCAUCAGAGAUGCCUGAUGUCUCUUCUGUUAUGGUCUCUGUCUUCUCUCAUCAUAAGACCAAUUAGCAGAAACACCUGGUGAACCUCUCCUGGACUUUAGGUGAGGGCACCGGAAGCAGCUGAGCAGCUGAUCCUGGCUGUGACCCCACAGUAGCUGGAGCACGGGGGCCAGGGCCAGGGCCAGGGCCAGGGCCAGGGCCAGGGCCAGGGCCAGGCAGUACUUCCCUGGGGCUGCAACGCUCGUCUUCAAUGGAGGUUUUCAGCUGCCAGCCUCUGCCCUGCAGGCCCCAUGUGAGUGCUGUUGGAGGAGUUCUGGGUGCCGGCCUAACCCAGGCAAGCGGGGUUUCACCCAGGCAAACUGCCCUGCCUGCCCCUCCAGCCACUUCAGCCCCAGCGCACCGGUCCCCUGCGCGAAUGUUUCUGCUGCAAACUCCUGCCACGUGCGUGCACAUGCCGCUGCUGGUCUGCGUUUGCACGCGCAGGGUGAGGGCUGGUGCCCCCAGCUGCUCCGGGAUCGUUGCUCCGACUCGGCUGUUUGUCUGAAGCUGCUGGGACAUGGCCCGUGUUUUUCCCAGGUUUGCCCAUGCCACUAGUUUGGCCCAGGUGCUUUCCCUCCUGGCAACUUUCCGGGCUGUCGCCGAGGCCCCGCUGGUUAUUUGCCGUGUGCUCCCAACCCCGGCUAAGUCCGGCCGGUUUGCGGCCCCAAGGACCGGGGUAGCUCGUAGCCGAGCACUGGCAGCAGCCUGUCUUUGGAAAAGGGCAGCUGGGCAGAUGCAGUGGGCGGAAGAGAAGGCAACAGGGAAGGGAGGGAGCCGUGAACCCGUGCCCCCAGCGCGCACCAGGCGAGCGGUGCAGCGGCACCUCGCCGAACGGCUCCUCCUGGGAGCUGCCUGCCCAAGAGCCUGCUGGAGGCAGCAAGAGGGAUGGACCCGAACCUCUCCGCUCAAAACACUGGGACUGUUUAGCAAAGCAGGUCUCCUGCCUGCUCCAGCCGCUCGCGUUAGUUACUGAGCUCUUAAUUUCCAGCCUGUCCCCGGUGCCUACGCACGGCCUCAAGCAGCACUGCCGAGGUGGCUGCCGGCGCACUUGGAUGCAUGUCUGGGGAUGCUGCUGCCGCGGCUUCUCCUUCCAGCUGGAGCUCUCUCUGCAGCAGGCAUGCCGAAGCGAUACUUCUGCACACACCCAACCAAGAGCAAUCGAGUAGUCCAGGGAGGAAAACCCUACUGUGGGAGAAAAAGGCUGCUGAUUGCAACUGUUCAGAUCCAAUUCCUAAAAGAAAAAAUACUAUUGAAAGAUGAAGAAUAAAACCCUGUCUUCUUGAACAGAUGGCAAACUCUGCUGAGUUUGUGAAGCCUGCUCUUCUCUCCUCAGUCUCCUCCAGUCUGCCCAGAGCAAGUGUUUUUUAAGGCUGUCUCUUAAAAAGACCAGUUCUUUGCAAAUGAUUCAAAUCCAGCCCGCUUUGCUGACAGAAGGUAUCACAUCUGGCAAUGGGGCGAAGGCAUGCAUAAGAGGAAGCUGGGGUCUCAUCUCAGUCUCAGCCUGGAGAGUUCUCUGAUGUGAACGUAUUAAGUCCUUGGGGUCUGAAAGUGUCGUCCCUGGGAUGAGCUUUCGUACAGCCACCACAGGGCCACGGCUUGCAGUGAGCAUGCUGUGCGGACCCACCUGAGCAGCGGGCACUCCAACAUAUAUAGCUGAAAUAUCUGUGAUUAUGCUUCCAGGAGGCUUCUCAGACCAGCCACCCGCCCUCACACUGCUAUACUCACACUACAAAUCAUGAGACUCCAUGCAAAAUGCAAGAACAUAAACAAUGGGUUUGCCAACCUCUUAAAGACUUAAAAAGUCUGAUCAAAAAACCCCAGCAGCCCCAAAUAUUUACAUGUUGUCACUAUGGUGAUGAAUAAAAAUACAUCUCUAGCUGCAGGAAGUGGCCUGCACUUUCCCGGCAGGGUUGGGGAGGCAGAGGAAAGAUGAAGGAGAUCCCAAAUGCACUCUGCACAUGGGCUUUUUCUUCUUCCCAGCAAAUGGCCUGGGAAAGUUGGUGUUAGAGCAGCAGUGGGUGAUGCUCACGGAGCAUUUCCAAAGUCAGCUUGGGCUGCCACAGAUCAGCAGAGCUGCAGCGUGGCCAAUGCCUGGCAAGAGGACCCCAAGCAGAUAACACCUCUGCUGUGAGAAAGCGCAAGUCUACCCUUCAAAACAACAGGAGGUCUCUCUGGGCUGCCUGGAGCUGGUGUGGAACGAGCAAGAGGCAAGAGCAGGGCUUAGAGCAAGAGGGCAGCUGCUUCAGCAGCCACAACACGGGGUAUUCCCUGUGAAUAUCCAGAGCCGGUGGGCUCUGCUGCGGUCCCGGCAUCUUCACGCAGUGGUAUCACCAUAACCUGGGUUCGGUGUGUUUAUGCUCCUCGUUCAUGGCUCUACUCAUAGAAACGCAAAACCAAAAAGCUUCCUUGCAGAGACUCAUGUAUUUCAUAUUUACUUAAUAGUUCAGUAUGUAUUUCAAGUUACUCUCAUAUUUUCACAGUUAAAUACAAUGCUAAUACUGUAGACAGCUGGAUUCUAGCAAACGUCCCCUGCUGAAGGGUGAAUUGCUGCGCGUGAGACAAACCCGAGGUGUCACGAGCUGUAACAGUGCUGUGCGGGGCAGAGAGAAAGCGUCUUGUUACGUAGGUAUGGGAAAGAAAGGUGGAGGCCAGAAUCAGGAGAGGUGAAAUAGCUUCUGCCGAGGUGUCAGCUGGAAGUGCUAACCGAGCAUCAAACGUCAGGUGGAAAACGUUGCCCAGGAGGCUCAGACUCGCAUGCGGGAUGAACGCACGGGCUCCGUGGGCAGCCUCCUGAGGUCUGCGAGAAGCGCGUCCUCGGCUGAGUUCGGAGCAGCUCCCCGUGUGGGACGGCGGAGGCGCGUGCCGGGCAGCCCGCUCCGGGAUGCGCCGCGGCGCUCAGCGGGGCCCGACGCGGCCGUGGCUCACGGGAGCGCGGUGCGGAGGGCGGCUGAGUUGUGUUGGGGCAGCAUGCGGGUUUGGCUGAUCGGGCGGCAGCGGCUGCAUCUCCCCGGCCACUCUGCUGUCUGAAGGCCAAGAAACAUUUAUUGUAGGGUCAACACCAAUUACCAUACUUCUAGUAAGAAAUAUUUCAUAUAUUUUGUCACUCUUGCUCUUAUCAAAUUAGACGUAUGUAUGAGCACCGGACACAUACUGUUACCUAGCCAUAGCAUCACGGACCUAUAUAAGCACACACACACCCUACUCCUGACAUUGGCACCGUGAUCUCCAGCGAGGCACUGAUUCAAAGUGCAGAGCGGUCGGCUAGGGCUUCAGGUCUGUCGCGGGGACGAGCCUGAGUGGAUUUAGCACAUCCCCCUCGGCCUUCGCUGGGGUGAAAAUGAACACGCAUCUCCUCGAGAAAUAGCCUCUGCGCCCUUAGCCCGUGCCCGCCUCUGCAGAGCCAUGGGGCAACCCUGACCAAGCAGGUGCAGGCGGUGAGUCUCGUGCUCCCCAUGCAGCCAGGGGUCCCUGCCUCGCUGCCAUGGGGCAAGGCAACCCCAUGCCGCAGCACGGCGGUCCCUGAUGCCCGGCGUUGUGUGUCCCCAGCUCCCAGCCGGGGCCACGGAGAGGCGAGCUCCCCGCUGCGGCUCGGCACCACUCGCUCGCUGCUUCCUUCCCUUCCACCCUGGGCGUUAUUUACUGUGUGUUACCUGGUUAAUUUGGCAACCCCAACCUCCCCGGCCUGCCAAGGCUCCCUGCAUGCUGACAGCGGAACGACCUACCCACCCCAGCCUCAGUGGCUGCUGCACCGUGAGACAGCGGUGGGAGCUGCCGCGCGUGAGGCUGAGCGAGUCCGAGCACCUGCCCAGACCCACUUCCCACCUUGGCCGCUUGUAGAAGUGUCCCAGCUGGAGGGUGCUGAAUGCCACAGCCAGGGAUCUGACCAUGGCCACCCAACACAACUGAGUAGUCAUUUUUUAGUCUGAAGCUCUCCUGUGUGAGGUCCACUAGCAAGAUUUCCAUCGCAUGGUGAAGACACGGAACGUUGGGGUGGUUGUGUUAACUCAUAUUCCUGUACCACUCAGUAAUCCAUAUAUAAACAUAUUUCUACUACUA